AAUUCAGUCCAACAGAGAUUGGUUCGCGUGUGACUCACAAGGUCACUCUUCCCUGUAUCAUUUAUUAGGUAAACAGCUGAAUUAAAUUAAUGUCACACAAGCGUCCUGAGCACUCACUUCCUCCCGAACUGUGAUGAGGCCAAAAAAUACAGUUCAAAGUGAGUUUCGUAUUUCUCAUUUUUUUGUAGUUCUCAUAUCAUUGAUAUUCAAACGCGUAUCACAGAACGGGCUUUAGAAUUACUUGCGUUGCCUGAAGAUGAAGCAUGCAUGGUUUUAGAUAUUGGAUGCGGCUCCGGUUUAAGUGGUGAAACUAUUACUGAGAAUGGUCAUCAUUGGGUUGGCGUUGAUAUAAGUAAAGAUAUGCUUGAGGUUGCAUUAGACAGAGAAGUGGAAGGUAAUUUAGUACUUGGUGACCUUGGUUGUGGAUUGCCGUUUCGCGGUGGAUCAUUUGAUGGGGCCAUUAGCAUUUCAGCAAUACAGUGGCUAUGCAAUGCGGACAGAUCCUCUCAAAAUCCUAUUGCACGUCUAAGAAGAUUUUUCGUCUCGCUGUACAGCAGUCUUACUCGUGGUGCACGAGCAGUUUUACAGUUUUAUCCGGAAUCCAUAGUUCAAGCAGAUCUAUUGCAGAAUGAAGCUACGAGAGCUGGGUUCACAGGCGGUCUUGUAAUUGAUUACCCUAACAGUACGCGAGCGAAAAAGUACUUUUUGGUAUUGGAUGUUUGCAGCACUCGCCGUAUCCCGCAGCCACUUACAGAAAAUAAUGAGAUGUCGAAUCAUAAUCGGAACAAAUUAGAGACCUUGAGAGAAUGUAGACAGAUGAAGAAAUUGCCAAAACACAGUGUAGCCUGGAUAAAACAAAAAAAGCAACGUGCCAGGGAUCAAAUGAAAGAAGUUGCUCAUGACUCUAAAUAUACAGGACGCAAGCGUCGUGCUAAGUUUUGACACGGUUUCUCAUUCAUUUCUUAAAAUUUAUGACCUGUAUAUUGUGUACCUCGUUUACGAUCAUCAUGGGAUUUGAUUUCAAAGUUGUUCAAUCGGUUCUCAAAUCUAUCUUCUCCAACACCUUUAUGUUUUUUGAUAUCUAAUUGUCAGUGUUAAAAUUGUGAAAACUUUGCAAACAUUUAAUUAUUCGAGUUCCUCCCUCAGAUUUAUUAAUUCGACUGUAAUUUAAUAUCUUCCAAUACAUUAAUUUCAUACUUAAGAAAUAUGUGAUAGUUUUCCAAUCAAAAUCGUGUUUUGCAAUUCUCUAAAUGAUUUAUUAGCUAAUGUUUUAUGUAUUUACCGUGUGCAAUCGAAAUCAUUACUUACGUGUCGAUCAUUAAGACUUAUAUUGGAUGAUAUAUAAUUUUGAUUGAGUCCGUCUUUCUUGUUACUUGUAACGUUUACUGACGUAAAAUGAGUGUCCACACUAUGAGUGGCAUGUUCUGAAAUGUUUGUUGUACCCUUUACUGUUAUCACUGUUAAUCUUAUAAAGCAAUGUGGAAUAUCUGUAUUUAUUGCGAAUAUUUGAUUUCCAAUAAUGUAUCCAUGAGUUUCGUUGACAAAUUAAAGCGUUAUUCUCAAAUAAUGUCGUUACUGAACUAGUGAAGAAAAAUCAGGGAUUAUUAUGAAAAAAUAAGUUUUCGUCAAUGUCUUAAUUAGGGUAUAUAUUUAUUUUGUAUUGGAAUUUAUAGCGACUCACGUGCAAAUGGGUUUAUUCUCAUUUAACUCAGUUAAGCCCUUUUGCUAACUUAUUUAGCGGACAAAGUCAUCCGCACUAUAACAAUUUAUUGUACCCUUAUUAUUUUGUGCUUGUAUGAAAUACGUAUGCUUGAAUAUUGAUUACUGCCCACGCAUUUAUUCACUCUGCUAGUCUUACUACUAACCGCUUAUUUGAUUCGAUUACUCAUUCAUUUCACAUGGUAUAUAUAUGUCCAUGUUAUUCAUAUUCAACACUCACGCUCUGGCUCUCGCCCGCUUACUGGCCUUUUGGCACAACUCUUCUAUACUUGUUUAACGCAUCUGUACAUUUGGAUAUAUGUGUGUGGUCUCGCAAUAAACGUAAUCAACACUUC